AAUAAACUAGACGUAUUAAUCUUUUUUAGAUCAUAAAUUUAACGAUUUUGGUAUGGAAAUAAUUGAAGAAAAAUACCGGGAAAAGGGGAAAAGGUCUGGAAAAAGAGGCACAGGCUAUCUUAUAGUAUUUACUUGUCAUGUCAAUUGUCAUUUAUUGUGUGUUUACAAAUUACAAUAAAAGCCAUAUGUUUGCUUUGAACUCUUUUUAAGAAGUGGAAAUACAUGUUUUACUAUCAAGUUUAUCAAUUGGAAAUAUGGAGUCUGAUCAAUCAGUAAAAGAUAUGUUAAUCAUUAAUUUAAACAAACAAUUAAGUGAAUUGGAAUUAUUAAAAUCUAUGUAUCCCAAUCAGAAUGAAAUUAUCAUAACUGAUAACAGUGUGCUCGAAGACAUCAAACAUUUUGUGGAAAAUGAAAGUUUUAAUGUUCCUAACCAUCUUGAUUUCAUUUUGAAAAUUCAUCUUAAUGGUUUUAAACUAGAGAUAUAUGUUAACUUACCAACACUUUACCCAGAAGAAGAGCCAGAUGUAUAUGUAAGGUGUAACCAGUUAGAUAGACAACAAGAAACUAAUUUAAAUUCAGAGCUAUCAACAUACAUUAAAAUAUCUCAUGAGAAUGAAGUAUGCUUAUAUACAGCCAUUUCAUGGCUACAAGAAAAUAUUGAAAAUUUUAAAAUGAUAGCUCAAAAUGUGCCCAAACCCACACAGACUGUUUUGAAUAAUAAAGAUAUCACUUUUGUGAGGCUAUGGAUUUUUUCACAUCACAUCUACAGUAAAUAUAAAAGAGAGCAAAUUAUUGAUAAGUGUAAAGAACUAAAUCUGACUGGAUUUUGUUUACCUGGAAAACCUGGCAUUAUAUGUAUUGAAGGAAUUGAUAAAGACUGUUCAGAAUGGUGGAGAGAAAUAAAGGCAUUGAAUUGGAAAAAAAUAUCUAUAAGGAAAUCUGAAGUUUUUGACAUAAAGGAAAAAGAGAAACAACAACAAUUUAAGGACUUUCAGGAAGUUAGUUUUCAAACUCACUUAUCUAACAGUAAAACUGCAUUUUCUAAAUUUCUUGAAGAGCAUAAUCUUAGUCAGGAGUUUGGUGAAUUUUUAGGUAUAUAGCAUUGUAAAUGAUGCAAAGCGCGAAAGCGUAAGCUCAAGUAAUUCUUUAAUCUUUUGUUAGGAUUAAAAAUUGUUUUUAUGCUUUUAAAUUAUUAAUAUUUUGGAAUAAAAUUAAUUUAGCUAUUAUGUGCCACUGACUUGGACUACGGCCUAACUUUAAAAUGUGUAAGUGUUGUGAAAAUAGUACUACUUAACUGUUGAAAUAGUGAGGCUCUAUUGAACAUGUACGAUUUUAUUAAAAUAUUUAAAUUUAACAUUUAGUGCAUAUUUCCUAGUGUUUGUUUGGUAUCUCCCGUUAUAAAAUGGGAAGAAAUGUUUUUUUACUUCACACAUUUUUACAUGAGGCAACAUUUGCUAACUAAUAAAAUAGGCCUGCCUGACUUGGUAGUUGCUUGGCAAUGGUUAUUAUUUUUUUUAAUAGGCCCUUUGGAAGAAUUGAAGAAUAUUAGAUAACCAAAAUCUAAAUGGACUACCCAACCAGGUUGGCCAAUGUUUUGUGAUGACAACAGUUGUAUCAAUGUAAAUAAAACAUAAGAAUGAUUUGUUAGAUCAUUAAUUGUAAAAAGAAAUCAAUUGCUAUCAAUAUGUAGUCUUUACCUAAUGUAAGGUCUAGUAUAGUCAUUGAAUAUACUAUUGGGUUAAGGUUUU